AUGAAGAACCCUGAUAAAGCCCAAACACCUACGGAGAACCCUCCUUCUUACGAUAUUGCAACAGAGAGCGGGAGCGGGAGUUCAUACGACGGAGAGAAUGCCCCUCUUCUAAAUCCCCCAGAUGCAAAGACAACCAUGAACCAACCUCUUCUGCAGCCAAACAUGUAUCCUGGCCCAUCAUAUACCACCCAACCUCAGAAUAUACCCCAGCCUACGGUUUACAACUAUGUCAAUCCCAUGACAGGCGAGCAGGUAGUGUCGCUGCUGCCGCCAGGGCAUCCAGAGAUGAUCUGUCUGCAGGCCGGAGGCCACGUCCCAGAGACGCAUUAUGGACUGUUAGGCAUUCUGGCCGCCGUUUUCUGGUUCCCUCUCGGAAUCGGCCUUUGUCUCCUUGAUAGGAGAAUACGGUGCAAACGCUGCGGCGUCAUAAUUGACGACGGUAUUUGUGGCUAG